AUGAGUUUACAGUGGACAUUAAUUGCCUCAUUUUUAUACGUUGAGAUAUUUAUAGUGUUGUUGCUGGUAUUGCCGGUAGCUUCACCAAAAAGAUGGCAAUCACUAUUCAGAUCAAGAUUUUUACAGAGUUUAAGUAAUCAAGCUUCAUUUUACUUCUUCAUGCUUCUCGCUAUUUUAGUAUUAUUUUUACUUGACGCCAUCCGAGAAAUGAAUAAAUAUUCCAACAAAGAACAUACUGAUCAUGGUCACUUGGACGCUGAAAUGCAAGGAAGCAUGAGGCUGUUCCGUGCUCAGAGGAACUUUUACAUUUCUGGGUUCGCACUAUUUUUGAGUUUAGUUAUACGGCGACUUGUGAUUCUAAUUUCUACACAGGCGACUCUUUUAGCACAAAGUGAAGCGGCUUUGCGCCAAGCUCAGUCAGCAACUACUACUGCGAAAAGUUUAUUGUCACAAAAAGGAGAAACAGCGCAAAACGACAGUAACGAAGCACAUGACAAAGUGGUCACCGAGCUGAAGUCACAAGUAUCUGAACUAUCUCAAAAAAAUACAGAACUUGAGAAUGAGCUGAAGAAAGAGAAAAAAGACAAAGAGGCUCUCAAAUCCCAGGCUGAAUCACUCGCCAAAGAGUACGAUCGACUCACUGGAGAGCAUGCUAGAUUGGUGAAAGCUGAAGGCAGUGAUAAAAAAAAAACUAGAGUCAGCAUCUCUCAUCAUCAAAUAGAGCGAAAAUAA